AUGAACGUUAGGGACCCCUUCGGUCUACACAGAAAUCCGACCUUUGGCAUUCUUCGCGCCACCGCAAACCAGGCCGCACGCGAGAUCAAGCACAGGGCCAUCGAGGCCGGCGCCCAUGCGCUAGAAAGAGGAAAGCAAGCCAGAGAGGCCGUUGAGACCGCUGUCGAGACCGCCUUAGAAAGUGCAUCGGCCGUAACGGACGACAUGGCAUUCUCAGUGCCCCGGAAUGUGCCAUCGUUUAACAACCCACAACGGAUAGCAGAGGACCAGCUGUGGGGAGCAGCCACGGGGAAGACGAACACCGGCAACCGCGGUGGCAGAAACAACAUCCUGGACGCGGUCGGUGGCCUGUUCGAAUCCGGGAUCCCCGGUCGGAGCUCGCAGACGCUGCCCAUGUACAAGGACAAGCCGUAUGGCUAUCUGCCCUCGGAACGGGCACGGCCUGUGUACCGGCGAAAGCGGGUGCUAGGGCUGGUGUUCUUCGUCUUCCUUGCCGCGCUGUACUACCUCGGCUGGUUUGACGCACACAAGGACCGAGUGCCAAGGGUGCCGCUGCCGUCGUGGGACUGGCUGAAUGGCAAGGACGAGAAGGCACACAGCCGGGCCGACUGGCUGGACCGCCGAGAGCGCGUGGUGGAGGCAUUCGAGCUAAGCUGGGAUGCCUACGAGCGCUACGCCUGGGGCUAUGACGAGUUCCACCCCGAUUCCAAGCUAGGAAAGCAGAUGGCCCCCCAUGGCCUCGGCUGGAUCAUCAUCGACUCGCUGGACACGCUCAUGCUGAUGAACCUGACGUCACGGCUGGUGCAUGCUCGCGAAUGGGUCGCGAAUAAGUUGACGUGGGACCAGGACCAGGAUAUCAACACGUUUGAGACGACGAUCCGCAUGAUGGGUGGCCUGCUGUCAGCUCACUACCUGGCAAACGAAUAUCCACAUCUGGCGAAGCUCAACGACAUCCAGCUGGCCGAGACGGGCGGCGAGGACCUGUAUCUGGAAAAGGCUAGGGACCUGGCCGAUCGGUUGUUAUCAGCAUUCGACAGCCCUACGGGCGUUCCGUGGUCGAGCGUCAACAUUGGCAAGUCCGAGGCCAUUGCAGCACACGACAACGGAGGGGCGGCGUCUACAGCGGAAACGACGACACUGCAGCUGGAGUUCAAGUACCUGGCCAAGCUGACCGGGGAGAAGGUAUUCUGGGACAAGGUGGAGAACGUUAUGGCGAUUGUGGACCAGAAGAGCCGGCAGUUCGACUCGCUGGUGCCAAUCUACAUUGACCCGUUAACGGGAUCGUUCAAGGGACACAACAUCCGGUUGGGCAGCCGUGGUGACUCGUAUUACGAGUACCUUAUAAAGCAAUACCUGCAGACAAACAUGAAGGAGACCGUAUAUCUGGACAUGUGGACAGACGCGCUGGCGGCAGUGAGAAAGCACCUGGUGACGUACACGGAGACAUCACACUACACCAUCAUCGGCGAGCGGGCAGACGGGCUGGAGGAGCCGCUGACGGCCAAGAUGGAUCAUCUGGUGUGCUUCAUGCCGGGAACGAUUGCGCUGGCGGCAACGCGCGGAAUGCCGCUGCGGGAAGCGCGCAAGAGCAGCUGGUGGACAAGGCAGCACGACAAGGACAUGAAGCUGGCACACGAGCUGACGCAGACGUGCUGGGGUAUGUACAAGUACAUGGCGACAGGGCUGGCAGCCGAGAUCACACACUUCGAGAUAGCGAAUCCACCGCCGCCAGAGUCGUGGCAACACCAGGCACCACCCUCAGACUUCAGCCCGGAUCCGGAUGCACCGUGGCGGAAAGACUUUAUCGUCAAGUCGCCGGAUUCGCACAACCUGCAGCGGCCAGAGACGGUGGAGAGUCUGUUCUAUAUGUGGCGGAUAACGGGUGACAUCCGGUACCGCGAGUGGGGAUGGGAGAUGUUCAAGUCCUUCAUGGCGUAUACGGCGGUCAAGGACGGAGGCGGGUUCACGAGCCUGUCGAAUGCCAACAAACUGCCGCCCGUCAGCAGGGACAACAUGGAAAGCUUCUGGCUGGCGGAAACGUUGAAAUACUUUUACCUGCUGUUCUCGCCUGACGAUCUGCUGCCACUGGACAAGAUCGUGAUCAACACCGAGGCACACCCAUUUCCACGUUUCGACAUGGGGCCGCUGUUCUCCACCGGAUGGACAAGGCAGCCAGCAGCGGCCAGCGCAGGGGCACCCUGA